AUGUCGUCAGAUGAAGACGACACAGAGAAUUGGAAUUCUCUUUGCCGAAAGUUUAGGAUUCAAAUAUGGGCAGUAAUUUUAACCAAUGGAAUUACCAACGAUUAUGCUUGUUCGGGCAAACGACCAUUACGUCAUAUUGCUGCCUUUUGUGACUUGUUACAGCGGUAUGCCCUUAAGAAAGCAAUUAAAGUAGAAUCGGUUAGACUUGUUUGGAUGCGUCUUGGCAGCUAUCUACUGCAACUGGCAGCAAAACAGGAGUAUCCUCAUCUCUGUAAAGUGAGCAGCGGUGGCACUGCUAAAGAAAGAUCCAAACAAGGGAACGUCGUAGAUAACUUCAGGCCCAUCACUCUGCUCAACGCAGAUUUGGCGCUUGUCAUCAAGCGGUUGGCGCUUGUCAUCGAGAAACUGGUCGACAAGGCGCAAACCUUUAAUAUCUUUCUGGACUUUACAGAUCCACAAAAUACAUGCUUGAUUGCUAAUGGUACCAAAUCUGGAUUAAUUGGAUGGUGGGCAGGUCUCAGUGCAGCACUGACAAAUGUGAAUCAGUGUAGAGUAGAAGACCAACCUGCUGGACUACAUUGGCUCAAAUAUCAAAAUCCCUUGAACCCGAAUUAUCCAGACCAAGCUGAGAUCAUUCGAGAAACAGCGAGUCAUCUUAAAUUUGAAUCAACCUUAGCAAAGGAUGUUGACCAAAAUGGUUUUUACAUUGCCCAUUAUACUGGCUUCAUAUAUCCUCUACAAUUUCCACCCCCAAAUGACAACAAAUCACUUGUGCUUACAGUUGGAACCUCUUCUGCUAAAAUUACAUUAUAUUUAAGCAAAGACAAAUACAAAAAAAAUAAGGAGAAAGUAACUGGUAGCGGUGAUCGAUAUGAAAAAUCUGUUGCUUACAAAGCUAGACGAUUUGGUGAUUCAAUGCUUUUUACAAAUAGAAGUAGAGGUGCAAAAUAUUAUGUUGAUCUUGAAGCACAGCUCAACAUUACUACAUCACAAAAUAGUGUCACUGAAUUCAAGUCAACCAUUGACAUUACUUGGAAUAAUAUACGGCAGAAAAAGAACAAUCUCCGUCAGAAAAAUGAAGUUGAUGAACAAGCUCUUACUUAUGAGUUCCUUCAGCCUUAUUAUGAAGGAAAUUGUGAUCAGCAUUAUAAUUGCCUUGGUUGUCUGUCAGACAAUGCUUGUGGAUGGUGUGUAGAGACGAGAAGUUGUGUACUAAGAGAUGAAAAUUACACUGAAAUAUCAAAUAACAAAUUUACUGACAAUGAAAUUAAAGACAAAUGCAAAGGAGAUAUGGCUCAUCAUCUGUUAAUAACCAAUAUAGCAGAGUGUCCUAUUUGUAGUGAUUAUGUCAGUUGUUCGGAUUGUUCUACUGAUAAUCUCUGCGAAUGGGUUAUUGAUGAUGCUCACUGUAUACGAAGAGGGCGUGUAGAAGAAGCUGUUAAAGAUCCAAAGAAUUGUAGUGUACCCUGUUAUGCCCGAACAAAUUGCUUUGAUUGUACAUCCAAAAGGGAUGAAUGUGCCUGGUGUGAAAAUACCCACCAAUGCCUCACUUUUGCACAGUAUGUACCACUACAUAUGUAUGGCCAGUGUCAACAUUGGGUCUACAGCAAAUUACCUAACAUUCAGUGUCAUAAUUGUUCAGUUCAUCUCAAUUACACUAACUGCUUGCAUCACUUUGGAUGUGGUUGGUGCUUCAAUGAACAUAAUCCAACAAUUGGUGUGUGUUUAGAUGGAGAUUUUGUUGGUCCAGCUUCUGGUAGGAUCUGUGCAGCUGUUAUAAGUGAGAACCAUAAUAUUUCUGUACAGGAAUCUGCACAUUGGGCCUAUGGGGUUGUGCCAGAUGUUAAUGAAUGUACACUUGGUCUCCAUAAAUGCCAUCCAAAUGCAACUUGCUAUAACACCUUAGAUUCUUAUACAUGUAAGUGCAAACGUGGCUUUGUGGCAGUUAAUGGAACCAAACAGUGUAAGAAAACAUGCUACUAUGAUUGUGUUCAUGGCAAAUGUUCUGGUUCCCCAGACUAUAAAUGUCAAUGUGAUAUUGGUUGGACAGGAGCUGAAUGUAAUACCAGCUGUGGUUGUAAUGGCCACAGUGCUUGUCCUAAGGGUAUUGGCAUUUGUGAAGAAUGUCAUCAUAAUACUAAGGGUCAGUAUUGUGAGUUAUGUCAGCCAGGAAGCUAUGGUGACCCAACCACUGGUCAAGCUUGUAAGCUGUGUGAAUGUAAUGGCCAUGGAGAUGUCUCAUUGGGUGAGUGUCACAAUCAAACUGGAAAAUGUUUCUGUAAAGAUGAUACUAAAGGCUUUCAUUGUCAACAUUGCUUGAAUGAUUAUUAUGGAAAUCCCAGAAAUAAUAAUAAAUGUUAUCGCCGCUGUGGAGCCGCAACUGUUCUUACCAAUGUAACUUCAGGUGCUCUUGGCUCAUUUGAAACCACUCCUGAACUGAAUCAUGCCUGGAAAAUUUACUGUUUGUGGAUUAUCACUCCCUUUAAUGAUGUACAAAGACCUUUUGAAUUAGCUAGAGAAAAGAAGACUCUGCCCAGCAUAUCUUUAACAUUUGAACCAGAUAUUUCGGUUAAUUGUUCUCUGGAUGAUUUUAUUUAUGUCUAUGAUGGAAUCCCAGACUUUGUUAAUGGUAGUUCAAGGAACAAUGGACUGUUACUUGGCACAUUUUGUGGUACUCAAAACCGACCACUUUCUGUUGAAGCUGUAAAAGGUGUUUUAACAGUUUACUUCGUUUCAUAUGAAAAAGGUGAUCCCAUUCGCCAAGGAUUUAAUGCACAUUAUGUAGUUAAUUGGUGUCCCUCUCACUGCAAAGGAAAUCGUGAAUGUAAAAACAAUCAGUGUAUUUGUAAAGAAGGUUAUGUAGGACCAACAUGUGAUCAGCAUCUUUGUUUCUCCAAUUGCACUGAAAUAAAAGGGGAACCUGAAUGUUGUAAUUGUGUUUGCCCCAAUGGAUCAUGUUGUUAUGAAGAAAAAUUAUCAGUGAAAUACAUGUUUAAUCCUGCAAGCCGUGAUGAAGAAAUUUAUCCACCUCAUCUUGCUCGAAUGGGUCACAGUCUGAUCAGUUGUGGAGAUGAUGUUCUUUAUCUUUAUGGAGGGCGUUCUCUUAAAUAUGGUCUUAUCAAUGAAAUGUGGAUGUUCAAUCGUAGCAGCCAAGAAUGGUCUAAAGUCAUUGCUAGCACUGAUGAAGAACCAGCAGGAAGGUAUUACCAUGCUGCUGUUUGUGUGCCCAUCAUUAAGACAAUUUUUAUUUAUGGCGGUAUUGUUGAAACUGGUAGAAAAGUUCAGAAAUAUAAAGUGACCAAUGAAUUUUGGAAGUUUGCAGUAGAAUCCAGGAAGUGGAAGAAAGAACAAAGUGAUUCUUGGUUGCCUGCUGUUGCUGGUCACACAUUAACAUAUGUGCUUGAUACAAAAUUGGUGGUCAUUGGUGGAUUUUCAACAGAGAAUUAUUUUCUUGAUAAAGUCCUCAUUUACAAUUCCGCACAAGCUCAGUGGGAUAUAUACCAUCGCAAGAAUCUAAGUGGUGUUAUUCCUCUUGGCAUUUAUGGACACAGUGCAGUAUAUCACCUUGCUGUUGCUACAAUUUACAUUUAUGGAGGAAUGCUAUUUACAAAAUAUUACAAGUUUCAUCCUUCAAAAGAAUUAUAUACAUUUGACGUUGACAAAUUGCAAUGGAACAUUCUGCAGGCAUCAGAUGAGAGAAUGUUGCAGCCUCGAAUGUUCCAUGUAGCUGUUAAUACUCGGAAUUAUAUGCUGUUGAUAGGAGGCCGAACUAUAGAUAGAUCACCAAUUAAAGAUAUUCUUUUGUAUCAUUUUAAAUGCAAUACAUGGCAGAACAUUUCCUUCAAAGAUCCUGAAAUGAAUGAUUACCUUCGUAACUACUUUGGUGCUGCAGCCACUACAGUUGACAAAGAUUUUUAUAUAAUGGGUGGCUAUAAUGGUGUGGAAAGUGGGAAAUUAAUGAGAAUAAAUCUUCCUGAUGAUACAUGCACCCUUAUAUAUGACUAUGAGACUUGUAAGAGUACUGAUGGCUGUUCUGCAUGUAAGUUAGAAACCGUAUACAACUUGACAUACUGUGUUUCUACUGAAGGUAGAUUUCCUGAUAUAUGUUUUGGUGGAAAUGUAAGUGAAGGAAAAAUGUGUGAUCACAAGUGGUUUGAGGCAAGAAACUGUAACAAAUACAAAACAUGUGAUCAAUGCCUGGCUAUUUAUCCAGAAUUCAAGAAAAUAUCUCAGGUUUGCAAAUGGUGCAAGCAUUGUAAAGUUGGUAAAUGUAUUCACCAAAAACAGGAAUGUGGUGCCCAAAAUCCCUGUAAUCGAUCACAGGCUGAAUUUCUUGAUAUGUCUGACUGUGAUGGUAUUGUGUGCAAAGCUGUAAAUUGUCAUUCAUGCCACAGCUCAAAGAAUUGCAUGUGGACAAGACAAGUGACACGCACUGGUGAGAUUACACGAAUGGUUAGUGGAAAUCCCAGAUACUCCUGGAGUUGUGUUAUUGCCGGUGUCCAGCAAAAAAGCCCCAAAGGUAUCACAAUGGGAAGUAGAUCAUUUAAACAACAUUCAAGUGAGUGCCCUUCUGAAUGUUAUCAGAACAAAACCUGUGAAAAGUGUGUGUCAUCUCAUGGAGCAGAAGGUGGAUCUCAGCAUUGUGUAUGGAGUGAAAAAUUACAUGAGUGUAUACCUCCUGCUUAUAUCCCACUCCAUUGUUCUGCUGGUGAAUGUGGUUCCUUACUACGAGAGUAUAAUCAUUGUCCAAUCCGAUGCAUGGAAAUUCAACAAUGUUCUCGAUGCAUAUCUUCCCCCAGCUGUGGAUGGUGUUCUUUUGGUGAUCAGCUUGAUGGACGUGGCAUUUGCAUGCCUGGAGGCCUGUCUGGUACCAGCAAUGGUCUUUGUUCAGAAUCUAACAUCACUUACGGUUCAACUCAUCUUUCAGAAAGAAUCCAAGAUAAGUUUCCUGAUAAAGAUUUAAAAAUUUCUUGGGUAUUUGUAAAAUGCCCUCCUGAAGAUGAAUGUAAGAAUUCACACCACACUUGUGAUGCUACAACCGAAAAGUGUGUUGAUACACCAGAUUCCUUCAAAUGUAUUUGCAAACCAGGUUAUAAAAAAAGGGACCAAAUCUGCGAACCUGUUUGUACACAAGGAUGUGUUCAUGGUAUUUGUACAAGUCCUAACCAAUGUAAAUGUAAUUUUGGAUGGGUUGGCAGCAACUGUUCUGUGGAAUGUUCCUGUAAUUCUCACAGUGAGUGUAAAAGUGAAAAGGAUACUGGUAAUUGUUUAGGAUGUCUUCAUAAUACAAUGGGUGAUAAUUGCGAGAAGUGCAUAUCUAACUAUGUAGGUGAUCCUCGAAAUGGAGGUACAUGCAUAUCUUGUUUUAUUUAUUGCAAUAACCAUACCAAAAAUUGCACGGAAGUUAAAGGAAAAGAUCAUGAUGAAUAUGGGGGUCUUCAAGAGAAUCAGGCUGUAUGUCAAGACUGCAAAAACAAUACUGAAGGGAAACACUGUGAAAGAUGUAAAAAGGGUUACUUUAGAUUGGCGGAAGAGAAACUUCACAACAUAUGCCGACCCUGUAUGUGCAAUGGCCAUGCCUUUGAUUGUGACACAAAUUCAGGAACUAGGUGCAUCUGCAAGAAUAACACUAUGACAAAAUGUGAUAAAGAGAAAAGUGAAGAUUGCUAUAAGAAUCAGUGUUCAUCCUGUAAAAAUAGUUUUCUUGGCGAACCAACGGAUGGUCACCAGUGCUACAGCCAGAUGGAUGUAGAUUACGACUACUGUUUUGACCCUAAUGACCGCAAUGCUUGUGGCAACAACUACAAGCCAUUGUUAAAAGGCCAGACUCGUUUUUAUGCUGUCCAGCCUAAAUAUCUCAAUGUUAACAUCCGUAUCACUAUUGAUGUUACCCAAGGCGGAGUUGAUGUCUACUUCUCACCUGAUGAUAAGACAUUUGUUGUGGACCUUAACCGUGAAACAUGGUUCCAUGAAGUGAAACUUGAUAAAAGUCUCAAAUUUCAAGCUAUGUACCAUGAGUACAUGCAAUAUACUCGGAAUGAUGUAAACUAUUACUUAAGGAAAGAAGUUGCAAAAGAUACCAACAGAUUUAUAACACUUGAACAAGCAAAUACCACACUCAAUAUAACUGAUGUACGCUUUCGGCUUGUCAUUACACUGCCUUUAGAUGUACAUGAUUUGGAGAAAUCUCAGUUUUACAUAAUUAUUUAUGGUCGUGGUGAUAUAAACAGUAAUACCACUUACGGAAAGUUAAUUUUCCGUCAAGACCAGCCCCAUAUUGACUUAUUUGUAUUUUUCAGUGUAUUUUUCUCCUGCUUUUUCCUUUUUUUGGCAAUUUGUGUUUUAAUAUGGAAAAUAAAACAAACAGUUGAUGCUCAACGCAGUCGGCAGCAACGAGCACGUGAAAUGCAACACAUGGCAUCCAGACCAUUUGCAGGUGUUUUGGUUUUGGUUGAUCAUGAUGUUGUUUUAUCAAAUCCAACCACACGAAAACUCAGAGUCAAUAAACCAACAGCACGCAGUCCUCAAUGCCCUGAGGUUAAUUUGAUGCACCAAUGUUUACGUGAAGACCACUUCAGUAUCUCACCAAUUGCAAUAGAGCCAACCGAAGAUGGUAUAGCUUCUGUAGCAACAGUAGUGUUUCAGCUACCCGGGGGUGGAAGUACAGCUUCUAAAGUGUGCCUGGGCUCUGCCUUGACUAUGCGUAUGUGUCCUGGAACUGCAAAUUUAAGAAUGACAAUGCGCCGCCGUCCUAGCUCAUCUCUUGCUUGAUCUUGAUCACAACAUCUGUUACUGUCAGGUGAAACAUUUCCAUUACAGAAACUGAGUUUGAAGUCCAACAGAAAGAAUGAAAAGAAAAACAGACACAGUAAAAUGAAAAGUAAGAAAAGGAUAUUUCUCAGGUGUUGGGACAAGAAAGCAAAUUAACUUUCAAAGAUCAUUGUAUUUAAUGGGACUAGCCACAUUAAUGUAUGAAUUCCUCUUUUCUUUUUCAUUGUACAAGUUAAUGCAAUCUCAAUUGGUGUGACUACUGGCCAGUAUUAACUGAAAGUAAGUGAUUUUGUUCACUGUGUGAAGGUUGAACUGCCAAGCUGUUUGCUGACUCUUUCUAACAGCCUCCACUAAACAUUUGCUGAUCAUCAUUAUCAUAUUGGUAUUUUGUUUUUAAAAGCAGUAUGGUAACUAGACAAAUAGAGAAAUAAAAAUAAUUAAAACAUUCUGCCAAAUCCAUUACAAAAGACAUUGAAUAAUGCCUUGGAAUUUGAAAUAUAAAACCUUCAAAACCAAAACAACCAAAAUUUCUUCCUACAUCACUUUUGUGUACCAUGUCAUUAUUUCUGUAUAUUAUUUAUUGCCUUUAUUUUAAUUCUACUACAUUUUUAUUGCAGUCAAGAUUGUGAAAGUAUUUUCUUAGGAAAUAUUAUUAGUUAUUGAGAGAGAGAGAGAGAGAGAGAGAGAGGUGGCAGGGUGGAAGAGAUGGAAUGAGAGGGUGGAAGAGAUGGAAUGUGUAAAGAGACACAUUUUGAAAACACUUGGAAAUGAAACAAAACAGACUGGAAAACUGACUUCAAAAGAAUUCCUGAAACAAAAUAUGGAAAUAAAAAGAAAAAAUGGAAUAAAAUGAAAUUUGGUAAAAUAUCUGGAAAUCUGAAAUAUAAAGAAAAUAUUUUCUAACCCUUGAACUGUGAAAUUUAUCAUGAAUAUAAUUUUUUGUGGAAAAUUUUGGUAUCCAUAUCUGAUAUUUUAUCUAAUUAAAUGAUAAUUAUCAAUGAGAUUUAAACAUUUUUCAGAUUAAUAGAUUAAUUUCAUUUUAUAGGCAAUAUCACCUUUAUUUCAAAUCUUGUACGGAUAUUUGUCUUUAUGGUUAUUUAUCCAUAUUAGUGCAAGGGUUGUAUUUUGACUGUAUAUACAUAUAGCUUUGAAAAUAUUUCAGCAUUCCCUUAGAUUUUGAUUAUUGCUGCUUAUAAACAGUUUUUAUAAGUGUACAUGCACAUAUUUCAUUUCACACACAUACAUUCACACAUAAAUUUCAUCAAUAUGUAUUGGUAUUUUACUUAUGUGUCUUUCAAAACUAAUAAAAAUAUAGAUUUAAUAUUUUUA